GUGGACGUGAUAUGGAUGCACAAGUCUUAUUCGUCUUAUUCAUAUUCACAGAUUUACCACAAGAUGGGGGUCUCAGUGAAAGAGCAAGAUUUGUUCCCAGUAAAACCAUCCACUGGGAAAAGCAAAGGCAAGAAGAAAAAACUCAAGAGUGGCAAGGGGAAAGUUGGCAUUAAGAAUCCGACUGAAGAAUCCGAAAAUAUAGCGGGUGGUCCUUUGGCGUCUGAGGUGCAGGUUAAGCCACCUAUCAAAGAAAAUGUAGGCACAAAGAAGAAACUCAAAGGUGGCAAGAAGGAACUUGGCUCGGAGAAACCUAGUGAAGAACGUGAAAAGGUACCAGAUGAACAUGUUCCUUUGGAACCUGAGGUAAAAGCACCUGUUAAGAAAGGCAAAGGCAAGAAGAAGAAGCUCAAGAAUGGUAAGAAGGAUCUUGGCACAGAGAAACCUACUGAAGAACAAGAAAAGGAACCAGAUGAUGAACAGGUUCCUUUGGUGUCGGAGGUAAAACCACCUGUUAAGAAAAGCAAAGGCAAGAAGAAGAAGCUGAAGAGUGGCAAAGAGGAACUUGGCUCGGAGAAAUCUUUUGAAGAACAAGAAAAGGUGCCAGAUGAAGAGGUUCCUUUGGUGUCUGAGGUCAGCCCAUCCAUUGAGAAAAGUGGAGGCAAGAAGCAAAAGCUCAUGAACGGCAAGGCAAAACGGGGGUUGAAGAAAGCUAAAAAAGAAUCCAAAGCUAUGCCAGAGAAGUUAAGCUAUGAUGAGGUGGAAGUAGGCACCAAACUGCAAGCAACUGUAAAGUGCUGCAAAGACCGUGGGGUACUAGUGGCCCUCAGCAAGAUGGUUUCUGGCCACAUUGAUUACCUGAUGUUAGAAAAACAGUUAAAGAACCCAGAGAAGAAGUAUCGCCGUGGCUUAGUAUUAAACUGCAGAGUGUUGCAUGUGAUUCCGGAGAGGAAGAUUAUCAAGCUCACAAGUAAGAAAGAUCUGGUCAACUCAGUGCUUCCAGUUAUCUCUGAAUAUGACUCUGAUCUGGUGGGCACAGUGUCAGAGGGGUACAUCGUGAAAAUCAUCUCAUCAGGACUGCUGGUGGCUAUGUAUAAUAAUGUGAAAGGUUUUGUACCCAAGCGCCUAGCCACAUCAGAAAAGGUGGCAAGUCUGGAUACAGUUUUCACCAUGGGUCAGGUUGUCAAGUUCUCUGUCAUUCAGGUGGAUCCAGGGGCAGAGAAGAUGACACUGACUCUAUGUAUCGACAAGGAAGGGGAGACCAUAGAUGAAAAUGAGGGAACCAAAAAGAAAGCAGAAACCAUUGAGGAAACAAAGAAGCAAAAAGGAAAGAAACGUAAAAAGGAAGAGGAAUGUAAUGUAGACACAGAGACCACAGAGGAGGAUGAGGGAACAGAAAAGAAAAAGAAAAUGAAAGGCAAGAUAGAGAUAGAGGAACCAGAUCACAUUGUUGAGGAUGUGAGUUCUGAGGAGAUGGAAGAGGUUGAGAAAGAGGGAACCAAGAAAGAAGCAAACACCAAUGACACUGCAGAGAACGUAGAGGAAUCUGAGAAGAAAAAAGGAAAGAAGCGUAAGAAAGAAUUGGAAUGUAGUAUGGACACAGAGACCACAGAGAAGGAAGAGGGAACAGAAAAGAAAAAGAAGAAGAAGGAUAAGAAAGGCAGAGAAAAGAAUGUGGUGGAUGAGGAAGUAAAAGAUGUAAAUUUGGAAAGUGAUGCUGGACUGAUGAGCAAGAAGCCAUGCCUCUCUGUAGGGACUGGCUUUGUAUGGGAUGUCCCAGACUCUCUUGCCGACAGGGGGCAGUCCAGUGAGAGUGAAGAGGAAGAGGAGGAUGAAGCAAAAAAGAAGAAAACCAAGAAGAUGACAAAGGCAGAGCGUGAGGCCAUGGCCAAGCAGGAGGAACAGCGACUGCAUGAGCUUGAACGUGCAAGGCUGGAUAAGGAUCGACUGCCGCAAACUGCCAUGGACUAUGAGGAGCUCUUGCAGACAAGUCCAAACUCCUCAGCAGUUUGGAUUCAGUUCAUUAGCUACCAUUUGGAGAGCGCAGAGGUGGAGAAGGCUAAGGCAGUUGCCCGGCGUGCACUGCAGGUGAUCAACAUGCGCGAGGAGCAAGAGAGACUUAAUAUCUGGACUGUGAUUCUGAGGCUUGAGGUGCUCUAUGGGACGGCAGAGUCAGUUCAGGCAUCAUACCGUGAGGCUUUGGCCACAAAUGACGAGCAACAGGUGCACCUUGCCAUGGCUAUGGUCUAUGCUGAGAAUGAUAAAAUUAAGGAUGCCUCCAACAUCUACUACAUUAUGACCAAGAAGUUUGGCCAAGUGCUGGAUGUGUGGGUUAAAGCAGGGAUUUUCUUCUUUAGAAAUAAAAAGUUUGAUGAAGCCAGAAAGUAUAUGGAUAGAGCACUGAUUGCCUUGGACAAGAAACAUCAUGUGGAGCUCAUCAACCGCUUUGGGCAGCUUGAAUUCAGAUUUGGCGAGGCAGAGAGGGGGAGAACCAUGUUCGAGAGUCUGCUCAGCAACUAUCCCAAACGUAUUGACAUUUGGAGUGUCUAUGUAGAUCUGUUGACUAAGAAUGGAGAUAUAGAAGGGGCAAGGACCGUCCUGGAACGCAUGACAGGCCUGAAGCUCAAGAUCCGCAAGAUGCGCGGAAUCUUCAAGAAGUUCCUGGACUUUGAGAAGACUCACGGAACACCACAGAAGGGUCCAGGCUGUGAAGAAGCAGGUGGAAGACUUUGUGGCUGCUGCAAUUAGCAAGGAGUGAAACAAAGAUAUAUGAAAGGAUAUUAAUUUGUGAUUUGUUAUUAUGACAUUUUUUGUUAUCAUCAUCAUCGUUGUCAUCAUUAUCAUGUAGUCAUCAUCAUCAUAUUCAUCAUUAUUAUCAUUAUCAUUGUUACAACUACUGUUAUCAAUAUUAGUGUUAUUAUGAUUGUUAUAGAUAUUAUUAAUAUUAUUAAGAUCAUUAUUGUUAUUAAUUUGUUAUUAUUAUUAAUUUUUUUUUAUUAUUCAUUUAUUCAUUUAUUAUUAUUAUUAUCAUUAACAUGUAGAUGACUCCACAAGUGUUUAAUUACCAAGGAAUCAAUUAAUUACUUAGCUCACCUAAUUACCUAUUUGCUUGAUUUUUUGAAAGUUUCUUUUUUAUCUUUAUUUAUUGUUAGCAUUUUUAAUAGCAUUAUGAUAAUCAUGAUGUCAAGAAGAAGAAUAACAUUGACAUGAACAGCAUUAGAAAGAAAACUUUUGAAAGCUCAAGGUGAGGGGUAAUUAGCUGAGGACUCGUUAAGCUUACUAAUUGGCUUCAUGGCGGCACUUGUAGAGAUUAUUAUGUACAAAUAAAAUUCACGGAAGAAAAUGACAGUAGACUAUGCAAUUGCCGAGCAGUCAUUAGCAUCAGCAGGAUUGUUCUUGUUAAGGAUGUGCAAGAGUAAAUUUAUUUGCAAUUCUGUAUUAUUAUUGUUUAUUAGAAUUUGUUUAUAUAUUUAUUUGUUUAUUUAUCAGUAUUUUGGGUAAGAGGAAGGCAGUAGUACAAAAAAAUGUCUUUUAAGAUUGUAUGUGCAAUGUUGCAGUUCUGUUGUAUAUAUUUAAACAUUUUGUAAUUACAUGUAUAUUGUGUCCUUGUGAUAUUGUGAUAUGAAAUAAUUAAUUGUACUUUUUGUUUCAAAGUAGCAAUCAGAAUUUGAUGUUUAUCCAUUUAACAGUCUUUUUCUUUUUUUGUAACAUAUACAAAGUUGAAAUAUGAAAUGAGUAUGAGUUACUGAUGUUAUUACAGUCUCUAAUAUAAUGGAAUUUAAGUUCAUGUUCUAUGUAAAAUACCAUUUAACAUUAAUAUCUGUAUGUUUGAUGUAAAUUUUUGAAAAAGAAUGAGAAUAUAUAUUCCAUUUUGCCUGUGGAGAUAUUUUACAACA